AUAGUGCCAUCGACUUUUGUGCAGCUCUAAUUUGACGCUAUGCGAUCCGCUCUGCUCGACUCAAAGAUUUUUGUAUUUUUGUCGCCGUUCCGUUGCCGUAGCGCAGACGCUAUUGUUUAUAUUGUGAAGUUACUUACAAGUUUGAAAGUCUGAAACCAAUCGGUUAAAACCUGGAUCGACCUUGAUCGGGGGCACGUAAUCGAACCGAUCGCAUACGCAUACGGAACAAAGUCUAAACAGGAAGCACGAGCAUUGCGAAAUUCGGGCAAAACCACGUAGCCGAAAGAUGCCCAUUGAUACGAGGGAGCUAAUGGAGGCGAUAGCCAUCGUGGCGGACGAGCGCAACGUGCGCGUCACCGUGAAACAGUCAGGCAAAGGAGCAGCCAUCUGCGCCGCCUGCUCAUUCGCGGGCGGAAUGCUCCUGGGUCCCGUGGGACUGGCAGUGGGCGGGGCCGCCGGAGGCAUCGCCGCCUACAAGAUGACUAGCGGCUCUUUCAGACCACUUGGUGAAGUCAUCCUGAACGACCUGACGGACGCACAGCGCGAGCAGCUGGUGCAGCACGUGUCCAAGGCCGUGGCUGACAUACAUCCCACCGACGUGGUUAUGCUCCUGCCGCUAAUUGUCCAGAACGCCUCCAUCCAGCAGGCAGUGCUCAACACGGUCAUGUCCUUUGUGACUAACGAGUUGCGUAUGCAGAUUGUCGAUUGACCUGCCGCGCGGAACAGUAGGCGAUGGCCAGGUAAUUGUAAAAUUCGGGGCGCGAUCUUAGUCGAAACCUUUGUGAUCUGUGUAGGUUUAUUAAUAAAUACUCUAUAUGUACAUAAA